UACCGUUACAAAUUAAAGUUCACAUGCUAAAUCAUCACUCCAACAAACAAAAAAAAUAUAUGGACCAAAAUUGUUAAAAAAAAAUUAAACAAACAAAAGAAAAAGGUUAUUGAGAAAAAGAGCACCUGCUUUGUGAAUGAACUCAAACGGCAAUACCUCCAAUGACUGAAUGACUAGAAAUGAGAAAAUUGCCUUUGAAAUUCUGAAUCAUCAGAGACUCCUUCACCAACAAGCUUUCAAAAUGUAAAGAAAGGAAGAAAGUAAAUAACAGAAAGCAAAAGGCUUUUGGCCUCAGCUUUCAAAAUCUUUAGCUGUUUGUCGAAGAAACUCAGCUCUCUCCUUGCUCCAAGUUAAAGGCUGUUUAAACUCGAAGAACUUCCGAGUAAAUCCACAGAAAGAGAAGCCACUUCACGUUACUCUUUCUCUUUCCAUUUCCGUAACAUUACGUGCCCACUAAGCUUCCAUUGCUUAUAAAAACCACCACACUUCAUCAUCAUCUCCAGAAACUGCACCUCAAGUUUCAUCUGACAAAAAUCAAACAUGGAUGCUGGGAAAUCUCCGGUGGGCGAUUGGAAUGCGUGCGACCUUCGUUUGCAGAUAUCGGAGCCUCAGAAGCUGAGGGAAAUGUGCAGUGGGAACACCACCAUGUUUGAGCCGAGGGCCAAUAUCACAAUGAGGGAAAGUAGUAAUGUGGAUUUUGCUUCACCAUUGAAACCUGCAGUUCGUGCGCCAGAGAAGAAGCUGACGCUCUUUGCUCUCCGGUUGGCGGUGCUUGAGAAAGCGGCGACAGGGCUGGGAACUCUUGGGUUCAUCUGGGCAACUGUGGUUCUUCUUGGUGGUUUUGCCAUAACAUUGGACAAAAGUGACUUUUGGUUCAUCACAAUUAUUCUGUUAAUUGAAGGAACUCGAAUAUUCAGCAGGAGUCAUGAGCUAGAAUGGCAGCACCAAGCAACAUGGUCGAUCGCUGAUGCCGGUUUAAACAGCUUCCGAGCAUUGAGGGCCAGCUCCCACUUCCUGGUUGGAAAGAUCAAAGCAACUUUCAAGUCAGUGCUUACAUUGGGAAAGCAAGGUCGAGGUAGAGGGAUUUCCGAUGCUACCAAUCGAGGAAUGUCGGAGCAAUCAAGGAUGCCGACUCGUCGAUGGAGCACAUCAGAUGUUCCCCUUUUGCCCUAUGCUCAAUGGGUUUUCCUGUCGAGAAACAUCAGUAAACUUCUCUAUUGGCUUCAGCUUAUAUCUGCAAUAGCUUGUGUGGUGCUAUCACUAAUGAAACUGAUCAAGCACAACUAUGGCGACAUAGCAAAGGGAGACACGGACAAGAGGAACAGACGUUCUGCUCUCAGCAUCUUUUAUGGCUUGGCAUUGGCAGAAGCUUUGUUGUUCUUGAUGGAAAAAGCUUACUGGGAAUGGAAGGUUAUCUUCCGGAACUUAUUGGAAAAGGUGAACAAAGAAUGUGAAUUGGGGCCUUCGGGUAUGAUCUCGACAAAAAGAUUCUUCUACGAUGCAUAUUCAAGGUGUGUCAAUGGAAGCAUUUUUGAUGGUCUGAAAAUGGACAUGGUCUCUUUUGCAAUGGAGCUCUUGGAUUCAAGUUUUCCCGAUGAGCAGCUCAUUGGAGUGAGAAUUCUUCGACAGUUUUCAAUGAAUCCGAGGUUUUCCAAUGACACGCUUGAAAAGAUAGGGGUGAAUCUCGCUGUUAUAGAAAGGUUAGUGGAGAUGUUGAACUGGAAAGAUCCACAAGAAGAAGAGAUCAGACUUUCAGCUGCUGAAAUACUGUCAAAACUAGCAGGAAAAAAGCAGAACUCUUUAAGGGUUGCUGGGAUACCUGGCGCCAUGGAAUCAAUUUCAUCCUUACUCCAUAAUGAUCGAAGCUCCCACGUUUCUGCAGAUGAAAUAAGUGAAAAGAAAAUCAUCUACGAAAAUGCGAACUAUGCAUUCUGGACAUUCAACCACUUGGGACUUGUCAUUCUGAAAAAACUUGCACGAGACCAUGAUAAUUGUGGUAAGAUUGGAAACACAAGAGGUCUCCUGCCGAAAAUAAUAGAUUUCACUCACGCAGAAGAAAGGCUGUUGAAAGACGAGCAUGUUGCGCCAUCCCAGAUUCAAACGGUAAAAAGAUCACUGCAAGUGGUGAAGAUGCUGGCAAGCACGACGGGCACGACAGGCAAAUUUCUUCGGAAUGAAAUUGCUGAGAUAGUUUUUACAAUCAGCAACAUCAGGGAUGUACUGCGGUAUGGUGAUAAACAUCCAUCACUUCAGAAACUAGGCAUUGAAAUCUUAACCAGUUUGGCCCUAGAUGAGGAUGCAACAGAAAGGAUCGGUGGCACCGGUGGCAUUCUGAAGGAACUGUUCAGAAUUUUCUUCAACCAGGAGAUGGCGGAGAUUCAUAACCAUGCAAGGACAGCUGCUGGUGAAGCACUGGCAAUGCUUGCAUUAGAUAGUCAAAGCAACUGUAAUUGUAUUCUGAAGUUGGAGGUGCUGGAAAAUCUGGUAACAACUUUAGAGGUUCCAUUGCUUCGGGUGAAUGCUGCAAGAAUAUUGAGAAAUCUGUGCAUCUGCAGUGGAGCAGAAGGUUUUAACAAGCUCAGGGGAAUUGCAGCGGCAGCUUCAACAGUGGUUCAGGCAAUCAAAGCAGAAGACCAAAAACUACAGGAAGUAAUGAUCGGAUUAGCAGUCCAAAUUUUGAAAUUCACAACAUCCCACGAAGCCGCCAUCACAUUCGAGAGGGCCGGCACGACGCAGGCCGAAUUGGCCGCGACAUUGGUCCAUAUUCUAAAGAAGCACAAAAACCCAGCGACUAAAACGCCGCAGAUUCGGCGGUUCGUAAUAGAAAUGGCGAUCUGGAUGAUGAGGGAAAACACAGAGAACAUACAGUUUUUGGAGGAAUUGGGCAUGGCGAAGGAGCUGGAGGCCGUCUUGGAAACCACUUCGGAGCUGGAAAGCUUCAAUAUCUUCUCCGGCACGGUCGGGCUGAGCCGCCACAGCACCACGAUGCAAUCGCUCGCUGAAACCGCAUUGGGCCUCUUGGGAAGAUGGUGAAAGCUGAAGCCUUUUUGAAAAAAGGGCGCCAUAAUCACGAUCAAAAAAGCUCUCCAUAAUAAUAAUUCUUUGGUUGAAUUUUUCCUUUUCUCUUUCAAACGAUUCAUUGCCACUUUAUUUAAAUGUUGUGUUCUUUAACUUUAAUUUUGUUCAUCAAUUCAUAAAUAUAUUCCAAGAUUUAAUUUACACUCUA